UAAAUACCCCUCCACUCUAUCCCAUAAUCCACACUUCUCAAACCCUCUCAGACACAAAAAAAUUCUAAGUUUGAAGGUGCAAGAGCAACAUAAUGGCCAUCAAAAAAUCCAAUAAACUACCACAAGCUGUUGUUCUCAAGCAAAUUGUCAAAAGAUGCUCAAGUUUUGGCAAGAAGCAGACUUACAAUGAAGAGGGUCUCCCUGAUGAUGUACCAAAAGGCCAUUUUGCUGUCUAUGUUGGGGAGAACAGAACCAGAUACAUUAUCCCAAUCUCAUGGCUGGCUCAUCCACAGUUUCAAAGCCUGCUCCAAAGAGCUGAGGAGGAGUUUGGCUUCAACCAUGACAUGGGACUUACCAUACCCUGUGAUGAAGUUGCAUUUCAGUCCUUAACCUCCAUGAUGAGAUAGGAAAGGAGGAACUACAUAUUUGAGAAGCGGAGGAUUAUAGUCACAUACAUCCCUUUUCAAGUGGUGAUUCGCUAGUUAAAAGGUCCCUUUGUCAAGUGGUGCUUAUGACUGGUCACUACUGUUAACAUUUUACUUUUGUUGUUGCUAUUGUAUAUACUAUAGAUAUAUAGAUUGAAGUCCAAGCGUAUUUAUUCCUUGGCAAUGUCAUUUGUAUCUUUGAUGAGUGGUGAUUUAAGCAAUGUUGUUCAUGGGGGGUG